CUUAUGACAGAAUCUUAAUACGCCAUUAAAGUACGAAAACUAUUUAUGGUGGUUAGAAAAUACGUAUAAUAAUUUAAAAUGUGUAAGGAUUUAUGUAUAAGAAACUACGAGAUCACUCCAAAAACGUCGAGCGUCCUCGUGGCGAGUGCACAAGUGGAGCUUACACUCGCGAGUGGGCGUUACAAAGAAAUUGUUUACUUCCCUUCUGCUAUAAAUUCCUCUCUUCGAAACUUUGAAAAGCGAAAAAAAAGGAAAAACUUCAAAACAGCAAAAGGAAAAAAGGGAAAAAAAAUAUCUCCGGCGGAAAUUACCGGCGAUUGACGAUGGCCUUGCCUGAAAAUUUAACCAGAGAGCAGUGUUUGUACUUGGCGAAGCUAGCUGAGCAAGCUGAACGAUAUGAGGAGAUGGUGAAGUUCAUGGACAAGCUCGUAAUCGGGUCGGGUUCAUCGGAGUUGACGGUGGAAGAGAGAAAUCUUCUUUCGGUGGCGUAUAAGAACGUUAUCGGUUCACUUCGAGCAGCGUGGAGGAUUGUAUCGUCAAUUGAGCAGAAGGAAGAAGGUAGGAAGAACGAUGAGCAUGUGGUUCUAGUGAAGGAUUACAGAUCUAAAGUUGAAUCUGAGCUUAGUGAUGUUUGUGCUGGAAUUCUGAAGAUUCUGGAUCAGUAUUUGAUUCCUUCAGCUUCUGCUGGUGAAUCGAAGGUGUUUUAUUUGAAGAUGAAAGGGGAUUAUUAUCGUUAUUUAGCUGAAUUCAAAGUUGGAAAUGAACGCAAGGAAGCUGCUGAGGAUACUAUGCUUGCCUACAAAGCUGCUCAGGACAUUGCUGUUGCGGAGCUUGCCCCAACACAUCCGAUACGACUUGGGUUAGCUCUCAACUUCUCGGUGUUCUACUAUGAGAUUCUGAAUGCAUCAGAAAAAGCAUGCAGCAUGGCUAAGCAGGCAUUUGAGGAAGCUAUUGCUGAACUGGACACUUUGGGUGAGGAAUCCUACAAGGAUAGCACACUUAUCAUGCAGUUGUUAAGGGACAAUCUCACGCUCUGGACUUCCGAUAUGCAGGAGCAGAUGGACGAGGCUUGACAUGAUACCGCUCCUCCAGGAGGGUGAGUUCAAAUGUCACAACAACAGUCUGUAAAAUCUACCUAUGCAAUUGAUAGCUUUUGUAAUUUUUGUAUCCCCUGCUUACUUUGAUGAUUUUCUUGUUCAAACUUCCGUUUGAUACUUCUUAUGAUUUUAAUUUUAUUUCUCUAGCUUCCCUUUU